AACUUCCAACCAAAAAAAAAAAAAAAAAUAAAUAAAAAUACAGUGAACAAAAAAAAUCUCACGCCUUAAAAAAAAUUAAAAUAAAAUUACAAAAAAAAAGCAGAAGCAGUAAAAAACAGCACAAUCAUUGAAAUAAGUAAAAGACACAAAAGAAACUGCUGGGCUGUGGAAGCAAAAAUAAGUUGGCAAUUGUUGUUUAGAGCAGUUGUGCUUAUUGUGACUGCUGCUGCUUCUGCUGUUGAGUAGUUGUUACUUUUUCAAAGUUAGAGCAACAGAAUCCUUCAAAACGGCGACCAUAACGAACUCCGCCUUAGCAAUGAGCCAACUGGGCACAGUGUAUGCCACCAAACGGAGGCGACGUAAUGGCAAAAGUUUAAAACCUCCGCCCAAAGAUGGCGUCACAAAAAGUAAUCCGUCAAAACGUCAUCGUGAACGUUUAAAUGCUGAAUUAGAUUUAUUGGCUUCAUUGCUGCCAUUUGAACAGAAUAUUUUAAGUAAAUUGGAUCGACUGAGCAUUUUAAGGCUGUCUGUUAGUUAUUUAAGAACAAAAAGUUAUUUUCAAGUUGUUAUGCAUAAGGAUAAAGAAGAAAAUGGUAAUAGUGUCUUACCUCAUAUACACGCACAUGAUGGCUAUCGGACACGAGAGCUGGGAGCUUUCGAACAUGGUCUAUUAGAUGGUGAUAUGUUCCUGCAGGCUUUAAAUGGUUUUCUAAUGAUACUCACCUGUGAUGGCGAAGUAUUUUUUGCUACCCACAGUAUUGAAAGUUAUUUGGGGUUUCAUCAGUCCGAUAUUGUUCACCAAUCGGUAUAUGAACUGGUGCACUCGGAAGAUCGUGAAGAACUUCAGCGACAGCUAUUAUGGAAUUCCUUUCUACCAGCCGAUAUGUCGAGCAUGCAAUUGGCAGAGACCUUGGCUCCCGACAAGACCAUCUAUUUGGAACGUAGUUUUACCGUACGCUUUAGAUGCUUACUAGAUAAUACCUCGGGUUUUUUGAGACUGGAUAUACGGGGACGCAUUAAAAUUCUACACGGCCAGAAUCGUAAAACCGAAGAACCUCCUUUGGCUUUAUUUGCCUAUUGUACACCCUUUGGACCGCCCAGUUUGCUGGAGAUUCCUCAUAAGGAGAAUAUGUUUAAGUCUAAGCAUAAAUUGGAUUUUUCUUUGGUGUCAAUGGAUCAAAGGGGCAAACAUAUAUUGGGUUACUCAGAUGCUGAACUAGUCAAUAUGGGUGGCUAUGAUUUGGUGCACUAUGAUGAUUUGGCCUAUGUGGCCAGUGCUCAUCAGGAACUUCUUAAAACUGGUGCUUCCGGCAUGAUUGCCUAUAGAUACCAAAAGAAAGAUGGUGAAUGGCAGUGGCUUCAAACCAGUUCCCGUUUGGUUUAUAAAAAUUCCAAACCCGACUUUGUGAUUUGUACUCAUCGCGUGCUAAUGGAUGAGGAAGGUUAUGAUUUGUUAGGUAAACGCACCAUGGAUUUCAAAGUUAGUUAUUUGGAUACCGGUUUGGCUUCCACUUAUUUCUCGGAGGCUGAUCAAUUAGUGGUGCCACCUAGUGGUUCUCCAAAUUCGUUACCUCCUCCUGUCACACCCACUAGACCUAAUAGAAGAUAUAAAACUCAAUUAAGAGACUUUCUGUCUACUUGCCGCUCCAAACGCAAAAUGCAGCAACAGACUCAACAAACGUCACCUUUGGGCCAGGUUACUUCACCAGCUCCUGUAGUAGAAUAUCUUCCAGAUCCUGCUGUUGCAGUGGCUGCCGCUUAUUCCAAUUUAAAUCCCAUGUAUACGACUUCACCUUAUGCCACAGCUGCCGAUAAUAUCUACAUGGGCACUUCAGUACAUUCUACCAAUUUUUAUCCGGUUACCGAAAAUCUUUUCCAUCAAUAUCGUCUUCAGGGUGUGGGUGGUUAUUAUGCUGAUUAUCAUCAUACCGGAGCUCCUGCCUCGGCUUAUGUGGCUAAUGGUUUUCUGUCAUAUGAUGGUUAUGCUAUUACCUCUAAAGAGGAAAAAUGGCAGGAUACGGGCAAAUACUACAGUGGUUAUAGUAGUGGUUAUGGUAGUCCCACAUCUACACCACAGAAAUUUCAGCAAGUUCCUUUAAAAACGCCAAAGUCUUCACCUCAUGUCAUGGAAGUGGUAUCCUGCUCUUCGGACGGACCUUCACCAGUAGGCGGUUCUGUGAACAGCCUUAAUAACCCUGCUAAUAACUCCUCUAAUGGUGUGGUGGUAACACCUAAAGUGGAAUUAACUCCCCAGGAUCCCUAUGAAAGACAAACUGUUCUAAUGUGGGGUUCUCAGUCCAGUGGUGUGCCCAUCAAUAGUCUACAUAGUUCUGUAUCUACAACAAAUAGACAAUUAUCUGCACAUGCAGAACGUUCACCCCAAUCCACGCCUCUCACCAAUGGAGGCGGUCUUAGUUAUGCCAAUAGUGAAACAGAAACAACAAACAAAUGGAAUGGCUCCACCAAUGCUAACACAACAAAAGAUGCUAAAAGUGCUUCCACUCCUGAUAGCUAUCAAAUGCAUCAUGAUGAUUCGGGUCUAUACUCAGCCUCAUCGCACACCACCUCUCCUCAACAUAGACUAAGCAGUAGUGGCAGCAGUACGGGUGGUGUACCAGGCGGUGGAGGAGGAGGUGGUGGCGCAGGAGGAAGUGCAACACAUAAUACGGUGGCUGAAAGUCUUACUACAAGCUCAGCAACAGCACAUCAUAGCAAUCAUCAAGCAACUGCACCUGCAACACCAGCACCAACGCCUUCAGCAGCAACUGAGAGCAAUAGCCUAAUGACUGGUCAACAACAUACAAUGCACCAAUCACAACAACAACAACAACAAACUCACACUAACAAUGCUCAAUUACAGAAUACAGUGCAUCAUCAUCAAUUAUCACCACAUCAUGUUGCGUCUACGGUUGCAGCUAGCACAACACAUGCGCAUCUCACACAUCAACCCCCAGCACAGCAUCAACAUCAUCACAUUGCUGUAUCGCCACAUCAUCAUGGUCAUACCACAGCAAAUGCCCAUCAACAUCAUGCGCAUCAUGCUGCUCAUACGCCUCACACUCAUCACACGCAUCAUCAUCAUCAAACACAGCAUCAUCAUCAUCCACCACCAUCAGCAGCAGCCACAGCAGUAGCAACCUCCUCAACACCACAUCAUCCCCAUCUAACACAUCCGCAUCAUCAUCAUCACCACCACCAUCAUCCGCAUGCUCAUCAUCAUCCUCAUGCGUCUACCACCUCUAAUACCACCACAGCAACCACCCCCAAUGGCAGUGAGAUCAUGAUCAGUCAACAGUCACAACAACAACAACAUCAGCAACCACAACAUCAAAUAUUACAACUUAGUGCUUACAAUCAACAUUUACAACCUCUGGAAUCUAUGAGCACCGGAGGUCCAGGAAAUUGUCAGAAUUCUACUAUAACAACGGCAGCCUCUGCAAGUUCAUCACCUUCCUGUACAUCACCCAUUAAUCAGACCCAACAAUUACCAGCUAUAAGUAGUGUUAUAAAUGGUUUAAAUGGAGGUUCACUGCACCACAACGGUUCCCCGGGUAUCGGGGGUGUUACCGUUACUACGGCGCCCUAUCAUCAACUAGCCAUAAUAGCUUCUCCAAUUGUUAUAACGUCUGCCUCUUUGGAUGGUUGUGCAGGAGAUAUGGCUACACAAAGUGUGGCCCUACAACAAUUGGGUGGUGCUGGAAGAGUUACUUCCUCUCUGGGUAAUUUGUCAGCAGGUAGUAGCGGUCUAGGUGUGUCUGGAUUAGGAGCUAGUGUUGGAACUUCCUCCUUUAAGAGAGGCAGUGCUGUAAUGCAUCCUUCAUCUCUAGCCUAUGCCACUAAUGCCUAUGUUAUAGGUGCUCCUGGUAGCACGACCUCGUGUGCCUCGACUUUAAGUGGUUUAGAACAAACUAUCGAUGGCAGUCCUUUAUUAUCGUUUUCGGAAGUUACCAAUACUCUAUUGAAUCAGUAGAUGUUCCAGAAAACAAAGUAAAAAAUGAGCAUAAGAUAAGUGAGUUAUGAGGGGUGAGAAACAGAGAUGUUUACUCCUCUAUAGUUAAAUUCUAUAUACAUAUAUCAAGUCAAAAAAGUAUUAAAUAAUAUUAACAGUAUCAAAAAUUUUUGUUAACAAUUUUCAAAUAUUAUUUCAAAGAAAUGUUUUAUAACGAUCUAGAGUUUUAGUCUCUCGAUGUAGCUUGCAGCUUGUCUUAAGGCAAGCCGUGAUGUCUGGACUUAAGAUCUAAAUCUUAAUAAGAGCAUAAAAUCAAGUUAAAUUAGUGCAUUAGAUCUUUUACUUAAAGACAGCUAACAAGAUUAUUAACAAGAUCAUUAAAUACAAAAGAGAGUAGAGCCUAGUAAACAUUUUACGGCGUUCGAUAUCGAUUUUUUGGACUUUAAAAGAGAUCUCGAAUUCCGUAAGUCCUAAACUUUCAAGAUAGAAAAGAGCUAAAAGAUCAUAAAAGCCACAAUUACAUAUAAAUCUCUCAAAAGAGUAAUUUUGUUAAAAAAAACUUUAAAAUUUUAAAGAAAAAAAAAAAUUACAUAAAAAUACAAAUUUUUUUUAAAUUUCAUUUAAACUCAAUAUUUAAAAAAUAAAUCUCCAUAACAGAAUAAAAAAAAACAUUCCAUAAAUUGUAUUAAUACAGAAAAACCAUGUAAAAAAUAUUAACAAAAUAUUUAUAUAUAUAAUUAUAUUUUUUGCCAAAUAAUAAAUAGACUAUCGUAUC